UGACAGAUUAAUUAGAAAAACGGAAGAACAAGGAAAAAUUGGGGAACAAUUCUGGAAUAGUGCAUCUUGAUGGUCUCUCUCGUUCACCUCGACGUGCGUGGCUCCACGCGCAGAUGACGGUUGCAGGUAAUUUAUCAUCUUUGACGCGUGUCAUUCGGCAACAUGCACAGAGUGCAGCGUACUUCACUCUCCUCCUUGAAUCUCAAAACGUUUUCCAAGAGGUUUGCUUCGAGUCCAACUGGUUGCCCGCACCUCGGACGACUCAGUACAGCUCUGUACAACUAUCCAUUUGCUCAGGCAGACCAAGGAGAUUUUAUUCUGCGCUUGAAAGACACGAAUCAAACAGAACUCGUACCAGAUGCUACCGGUACACAGUGUUUAGACCAUGGACUGGGUCUCUUAGAACAGGGACGUCGAGGCUUAGGCAAACACUGAAGCACGACCAGUCUAGACACCUGAGCAAAGAGGAUCCAAAGGAUCAAUCGAGGCAAGGAGAAUCUUACUGCGUCAGAUCCAAGAGGGAUGCUCAAAUCAAACGAUCGUAGCCCAACUCGGAGAAGCAGACUACAGUGAUGAGGUUGUACUGGAGGAAGAAUAAUCGCCUCUCCUUUAACUCGAAGACUUGAUUCGCAAAGUCCUGAGCGGUGGAUGAUCAACCAAAUUCUGUGUGUAACUUGGCUUGCACGUCCUCAGUCGCCUGUUAGGAGCUGGGAAAGAUGCGACAAAGCCAAUCAUCAUACGUUCGGAGUGGAUAAUUGCUCUAAUUCAGUUAUUAUACAUAUACGUUGGAUCGUACUGUGUUCAUAAUUUCUUUGUAACGAUCAAACUAUUUUUCUAAUUUGACUCAGAAUUGAAGCAUUGUGUAUGCUAUUCCGUGUGAUAUUGUGAUUGAGAAGCGAUGAAUAUAUCUGUGAGAAUGAAUCCAUAAUAUGUAUUACCAUGAAUUACGAUGUCCGAACAUGUAUCUUUUACCUUUGAUUCAUCAAUAUAUUUGACUACUUUAAAUACACGAUUGUUGAAUUGCUAUCAAUCAAACCCCUACACACCAAAUCCACUAAUAUCCUAGUAUGAUGGAAAGAGCGACUGAUUGCUUGCAGGACUAAAUAUAUGAAUGUAUGUAUGCAUGCGUGU